GCAGGCUUGAGAAAAGCCUUGAAGUCGAGCGUCCACCAGAGAGCACGUGACGACUCUGUGGAGUCGAGGCCAGCCGGCGGCGCGCAGCCGAUGGAUGGACUCGUCAUCGCGUUUGGGAACAACAAGGCUAGCCGGUCUAAAACUGGAACAAAGAAGAGGUACCACGAGGCUGGAGCCGGGCUCCGCGUCCCGUUACGCGCCCGUGGCAUUUAGAAGGGGGAAGUCGGCGGGGCUUUAAAGGCGGCGGGGGCUCCUGACGGCUCCACACCUGCCUCCACCCUCAGCCUCAGCACCAUGAGCCGCCUGCUGCUGGGAGCCGCGCUGCUGGGGAGCCUGAGCAUCCGGGGGACAGCACAAGAGCUGCUGGAGCCCCCUGCCCGGGUGAGCUACGGCGAGAGCCAGUGGCUGGAUGCCAAAAGCUGCCAGGGCAUCCCCAAGCCUCAGUGCGACCUGAGCAGCGUCACCUCGGACACCAGGGAGUGGUACUACGCCCGGGUCAGCUCGGUGGCCCCCGGCGGCCGGUCGGCCUGGGGCCUCUCGCCCCGGUUCAGCCCGCGCUGGAACACCAAAAUCAGUCCUCCGGGGCUGAAGCUGAGCGUCAGCAAACAGGGGAUCGUUGUCCACGUGAAGCCGGCCCGUGCGCUGGCCAGAAAGAUGCGCACCGAGCUGCACCACAACGUCUUUAUCACCCCCACCGAAGGGGAGGAGCCUGGUCCCCCGGCACGUGAAGAGCAGCGCUCCGAGCCCGCCCGCCUGCCUGACCACGCCCUGACCGCCACGCCGCCACGGCUGCAGCUGCAAACAUCUGCGCCUGGACGCCUCCACGCCAUUUGGGAGGGAACUGUUUCCUCGAGGAGCGUCGUUCCAACAGGGGGGGUUUAUUGAAUGUUUUUCUGGUGGUGAAAACGAUUUCUGUCUCAGGGAUGCAGGGAAAAGAAAGACUUUGUAUCUCCAAACUCUGACGUAGUUUUCCAGAUAUCUGACUCGUGUGUCCAUUUCCAAAUAAAAACCUCAGACCUUUCUACCUUCAGAGAUGGCAUUGGU